CACAUUUUCAGUUGAACUGCUUCACAAUGCACAGCGUCAUUCUCGUAAUUUUGCAGGAAGCCUCCAAUUGAGAGAGAGGCGUAGUUGCGUUUGGCGUGAAAUUAUCAAUUCUCUCUCUCUCUCUCUGUGUAGAGAGAGAUUGUUCGCUUCUGAAAGAUUUGUGUAUAUAUACCUAGUGUGUAUAUGUCGAUAUUAGCUGUAUAGAAUUUCCCAUAUAUGUAUAUACCAUACAAUUGAAAACAACAUGUAACCCACUAAUUUCUUGUUUCGCAUUUCCGGAGUCGUUCAGAUGGGGAGGGGAGGGAAGGUUGGGAACAAGCAACUUGGUAAGAGAAAAAUUGGGUCUAAAGACAAGGGAUCUGAUAAAUCGGAAUCAGAUGACGAUUACACAGUUGGAGCAGAUGAAGAAUUUGAAGAUUCUGAGGAGUAUUGCUCUUCUUUAGCUAGAGAGGAAUCAGAAGAGAGUUUAGAUGAAUUUCAAAAAGAAGAAGAAAAAGAGGAUGCGGAGGAGGAGGUGAGGGUGGUUGGUAGGUCAAGAUGGAGAAAGAGUUUUCCAGGUGCGAAGAAAAAUGUGGUUGGGAAGGAACGCAAGAAAAGAAGGGUGGUUUCAUAUAAAGAAGAAAAUGAUGAGGAUUACGAAGUUGAGGUUGAGGAUGAUGAUGAUGAUGAAUUUAUGCCUGAUGAAAUUGAUUUAGGUGAUGAUGAGGAUGAGUUGGCAGUUGAGAAGAAGAAUAAGAAAGUAGGGAGGCCCCGUUUACAGGAAAAGGGUUUUGUCAAAGGACGAAAGAGGAAGAGGAGUUCCAAGGUUAUGAAAAAGCCUUUAAGAAAGAAACCUACCAAGAGCCGUGGGAAAUUGGCUGCCAGUAAUGAUGUAGCAUUCAUAAAGAACCCAGUUGUGAAAGAAAGGAACAAGAAAAUUUCCGGAACAAGGGAGAGGAGAUUCAUGGAAAAUUCUGAUUCAGAUUUCGUGAGUUCUGUAUCGUCUGAUUUUGGGUAUACUAUGUCAGAAGAAGAGAAAGAACAUGUGAGAGAGGCCAGUCAAUUUUGCUUGAAUUUGACUACUAGUUUGAGGAGCUCAUCUUCGCAAAAAAUAUUACAAGAAGAAGGGGUUUUGUGUCGACAAAGAAAAAGUCUGGGUAGAAAGGGUAAGGAUAAGGUAGAGGAUAUGAAAAAUGAAGCAGGAAAGCAAGUAUGUGGGAUCUGUUUGUCAGAACAAGGAAAGAAGACUGUUCAAGGAACAUUAAAUUGUUGCAGUCAUUAUUUUUGUUUUGCUUGCGUAAUGGAGUGGUCAAAGGUCGAAUCUCGUUGCCCUCUGUGCAAGCAAAGGUUCGUGACUAUUAGUAAGCCCGCGAACUCAAACACGGAGUUUGAUUUGAGGACCAUGGUAGUACAAGUCCCGGAACGUGAUCAGUUGCAGGUUUAUCGACCAUCUGAAGAAGAAUUUAGGGGUUAUCUUGACCCAUAUGAAAAUGUGAUUUGUAUUGAAUGCCGGGAAGGUGGUCAUGAUGCUCUUAUGUUACUUUGUGAUCUCUGUGAUUCACCGGCACAUACUUAUUGUGUUGGUCUUGGAUGCGAAGUCCCAGAAGGUAAUUGGUAUUGCGAAGGCUGUAGACCAACUGCUCUUGGUUCCGCAAAUCCACAAGCUCCGAAUCCUAUGCCUGUCCAAAGAACAAUCAACGACUUGUCUGGACGAUCAUUUCCAAAUGAGAAUGUUAGGGAGGCUAUAGACCUUAACACAAUACCUGAAACAACAUUGCCUCAGGUACUGCCUAGGGUUUUCUCAUCUCCUAGACGUCCUGGUGGAGAUUUUCAAGCUGCUUCUCCAGUAUCAGGAGCAGGGGUAGGGGUAUUAACUGUGUCAGAAAGACAUAGAAUACAGUAUCAGAUAAACCAUCUACUUGGUAAUAGAGUGAGCCAAUUUGGCGGUAGAACUAAUGGGAUGUCAGCUACAACUUGGGGAAAUAAUAUUUUGGAGUCUCAAAUGGAGCGCGGUGGGGAUGUAUCAUUUCAACCAGCAAUAAUGCAACAAAUUUUAGCAUCUCGUCAACAUACCUUUUUCCAGGGAAGGUUACAGGACAAUUUCACAACUUCAUUCCAGAGUAGGGAUAUUUUUUCUGCAAGGUCGAGGCAUUCAAGGGGUCAAGUAAUUCAGGAUCAAACUCCUACAUCUGCUGCCGGACCUGGUGCGAUCGGUGUGGGUAUCAAUUCAAGAUUGGGUUACGAGCAACUCCAUCCAUGUAGCAGCAGAUCAAGCAUCAGUGACACUAACAUGGCCCCGUAUAGAUAUAGAGAGGGUACAAUACUUUCAAGGACAUUGCAAGGAACUCUACACACACCAUUUUAGCUCUACGUGGCCUUGAGCAUACUGGGGAAGAGAAAUAUGAAUCAUGAGGAAUGGCAGGUGGACAGAUGAGACUGAUGAUAAAGAGUUGCUGCUCAUCUUGUUUCGAUUUAUUUGCGAGGCAUGUGGUGAGGGAGAUCAUGGACACACAAGAGUGCCUUCAUUGUUUAAGGGUUGGAUUGGGAUUGAGAUGGCUCCUUAUUCUUUACUGCAUAGGCAAUUUUUCUUCUUUUUUUUUUUUGGCUAGGAAUUAAGACAGAAGUUGUGGUUAAAUUAUUUAUAUGGAUAAACAACUGGCACUGAAAAUCAAACGCUCUUUGUUGUUUACUUGAUCAGUAAAAACAGUCGAUUUUUGGCUAUGGACAAAGAAGAAUUUUUCGUCCUGUUGAUUCUCUCUUGACUUGUUAAUGCAGUUAAUUCACUGACCUUGAACAUCCAAGUCUAUUUAUUUAUUUGAUUAAUGAAAAGUGUGUGUUGUUAUUGGAUCA